CCUCUAUCGCGAUGUGAACUCUAUACCGCAUCCCGUACCGACAAUCUCCGGAUAAGAUGACAUCUUGUUGUGAAUCAGAUAUUUGAAUUGGUUGUAGAAGAUCGUAUUCAAUACUUAAGAAUGCCGGGAAACGAGCGGUGCACUUACUUCACCUGACAGCUAUAGAACUGCUUUACCAGCAGGCUGUUUUCCUUCAUUCAGAUAGCAGGAUCUCUUCGUGUUCGGAAGUCACACUUUCUUACAAAGCCCAACAUGCUGACUACGGAUCCCGCGAUCUGCAUUCAUUUCUGCAUUCCAAAGGACCCCCUUGUCAUACCUGGCUCACACAGUUAUUAUGCUGAGGAACUCUGCCUGCAGGCUGCAGAACAGUGCAACAUAUCGCCCGCGGCGACGCAUUUAUUUGGGCUCUUUUCUUCGGAUCAAGACCUUUGGUUCCCACCAUCCGCUAAAAUUAAGGCCAAAGACAGAGUGCUAAACUUUCACUUCCGACUGAGAUUCAAACCGUACAGCUUGGAAAAGUAUGACAAGGAGCCAGGCGCCCUGAACUACUACUACCACCAGAUGCGACAGGACUUUCUCUCCGGGCGUGUGACAGAGUUGCAUCACAGCAAAGUCCAGAGUCGGACCCUUGGACUCGUAGUCACGGAUGUUGCCAGACAUCUUAUUGAACAGGGGCAGUCCCCACAGGAUGGGUCGUACAGCUUUAGUGACUUCAUGCCAACUUCAUUAACUAACCCAUGGAAGAUGAGAGUCCUGAAGCCGCGCAUGGUUCAUGCACUUCAUGAAUGUUGGCAGAAUAGUCGACAGAAUGUGCAAAGGAUAAAGGAGAUCUACGUCAGCGAAUUUACUGCCCUCGUUCCCGAUUAUGGAUGCGAACAAUUUGAAGCUCAAAUAGAUACGGACGGUCGUGUCUGGGAGGUUCUACUUCAGGUCCAUCCGUACCACCAGCUGCCAGGGCUACGGAUUCGUCGUAAGAGUUCAAAAGAGAAUGCGGCAUGGUCUCAGAUUUGUACCAUCAGUGAUCUCUGCUUCAUCAACACCAUUCCUUCUAACCUGACUGUUGAAAUAAGCCGCCGUAACGGAAUUCCGCAGAACUUAAAGUUUUCAUCCUUGAACACGAUGCACGCAUUUGUGUCGUUGCUUGACGGUUACUACCGGCUCACAGAGAAGUGGACUGUAAACCUCUGCAUGAACCUCAUAACUCCUUCACUCACGAGGCUUCAUUCACUGAGAUGCCAUGGACCCGUUGGAGCUAAGUUUGCCUACCAGAAGUUGUCCGAGAAGGGCAAGAACAAGCCCGGUUGCUACCUUCUGCGCCAGAGUUGCACUGCCCACGGAGAAUUCCGCCUGGACUUCCUCAAUGCUAACGGACAGCCCGAGACCUUUCGAAUCCGACAGGUUGAAGACGGCGGGUUUGGGCUUGUCGGAAACACAGAGACGUUUCCGAGCCUGAUAAGGCUCGUGAAAGAUGGAUUGCAGCCAGUGCUAGAUGUGGAGUUGAACUAUUGUCUUCCACCCUCUGAGUAUGACAAAACGGAUCUUCGUCUUUGUCGACCACCGGGAAAUGAAACUGCCAACGUCGCACGACACAAGGUGUCUCGUCAGUGCUUCCACGAUGAUGAUAUUGUAUUCACGGACAACUUAGCCGAUGAGUUCAGUGGUCACUUCACUUUGGUGCGCAAGGGCUAUUUAGACACAGAAGGGAAAGAUUACAAGGAAGUCGCAGUCAGAAUGCUCAAGCAGCGGUUUGUCAACACUCACCUCAAGGAGUUCCUCAUGCAGCGCGACAGAAUGCUUUUCCUGCAGUCUGAAUGUGUGGUCGCUACUAUUGGCAUUGUGGUUUCUCCGGAUUACUUUGGGUCUCUGUUGGAGUUUUUGCCACUGGGACGGUUCGACAGGUACCUCGCACAAUACCGGUACAUGCUGCAGCCAGUGGACCUUGUAGAGGCAGCAAAGCACUUGGCCAAAGCGUUGUGGUACCUCGAGGAACAAGGCUGCAUUCAUGGCAAGAUCAGGUGCAAGUACAUCAUGGUGUCGCAGCAUGAUGAAAAUUCAUUUCACGUCAAGCUUUCCUCUCCCAGCAUCAUCACCUACACUGAUGACGACGUUCACUGGAUACCUCCUGAGUUUCAUUACGACUACAACAUGGCAAAAACAUCACUAAAAGCAGAUGUGUGGGCAUUUGGCACCACAGUCUGGGAAAUAUUUAAUACCGAGGACACAUUCAUGGAUGGAGCAUCCGCUACUCUGGCAAAACAGAAGUACAAGCAAGGUGAAAGACUUCGCAUACCUCAAGAUGCACACGAGAGCAUCAAAGUGCUGCUGAAAGAAUGUUGGAUGACAGAUCCUGAUAGCCGUCCCCAACCGCAAACCAUCAUGCGGGAUAUUAACCAGAUAUUUUAUGAAGUGUACAACUCUCGGCGGACCCACUCUUAUGCGUCCGUGUACCCCCACGCGGACGGUCCCCCAUUGGACUCUUCCUUGCAGGAGUCCCCAUCUCCCCAGUUGGAUCGAGAAAAGCCAGAUAUUAUUUCACACAGCCGAAAUUCGGGGUCCCCACUGCUGGGAGCCGAUCCACUGUCAAUCCGCCGUGGUUUCAAGAAAGGGAAAAGCCUUUUUAGGUUGAGGUCCACCGAAGUGAGCUACGACAAUCUCUCGAGCUGUUCUACAUCAACGGUGCAGUCCGAAUCAACACUGCAGUCAGAUCUCGGAACGUGCAUCGAUGUUGAGAGUCUCAUAAGCCUCGAAGAGACAUCUAGCAAUAUCAUUGCACUUGGGAGCACAUCUCCAUUGACAGAUGUGUCUGGAUCGCCUUGGGUCAUUGACAGUCAACAGCUAGUAAAGGGAAAGCCUCUUGGUCAGGGCUUCUUUGGUGAGGUUUAUGCAGCGUCUUUCAAAAAGUGGGCAGGAUUGAAAGAGGAAACAGUGGCAGUAAAAUGCAUGCGGAAGACGUCCCUCUUGGAGUCCCUGCAGACCGACUCUGGUUUCCGCGACCUUCAGCGAGAGAUCGAGAUCAUGAAGAACCUGCGGCAUCCCAACAUCGUUGAGAUCAAAGGGCUAGUUGAGGAGCCUGAGAUGAUGCUGGUGAUGGAGUACGUAGAAAUGGGAUCACUGCUGACAUAUCUUCAGUCUUUCAAGUCGAAGAUCACACAUCCGCAACUUUUGAAGUACAGCGAGGACAUAGCUAAUGGAAUGCAGUACCUCGAGGACAAGCAAAUCGUGCAUCGUGACCUUGCAGCGAGGAACAUACUUGUGGCCUCUGACGAUUGCGUUAAGAUCAGUGACUUUGGUCUGGCGCAGUUCACCGUGAAUCACUACUACUACAUCAAGACACAGAACAGGAAGCUGCCCAUGAAAUGGUAUGCCCCUGAGAGCAUUCUCUACGGAAAAUUCUCCACCAAAUCGGAUGUCUGGAGCUACGGGGUUACGCUGUGGGAGAUGUUCUCCUACGGCCAAGACCCCGCUCUGCCCGAUGUGCCGCAGGAGGCACUGGGAGAAAAACUGAGCAGUGGGACACGUCUUCCCUGCCCGUCCGAGUGCCCGUUCAAGGUUUACCACCUUAUGCUGCGUUGCUGGGCAUCCAACGCGCACGAGAGGCCAGCAUUCUCGGAGAUUCGCAGCUUCCUUGACGAUCUUUGAGGUGAUCUACUUAGUUUACCCCGUAUGUUGUGAUGAUAAUUGCUAAGGUACGUCGUUGGUUGUUGUGAUGUGUCACAUAUUGACAAAAGUUAUUAUGGUGCUAAGUGAUUGUGAAAGUGUUGUUGGUAAUCAAAAAUAUGCUAGUUUUGUCGAGGAAAGCAAAACUGUUGGGUCGGGAACUGCCGAUAUUUUAAACAGAGACUGUUCUCUUACUGGUGCCCCCGCUUUCAUGUGCGUAAACUGAAUUUUUUACUUUUUGGCUUUAAAAGUGUCAGCACCAAUGGAUGCGGGCACUGUAAAGUAACAUCGAAGUAUACAGUCCGUCUCUAAAUAAUGGCAAUUCUUUUGACAUUAACCAAGCUGAGUUACAAAAUUUGGGGGGGGGUUGGAACAUUUGGAAAGUUGUCGAAGUACUCCCAGGGUGAAGAAGUUUGAGAGCCUACCUAUAACUUACGACGCGUUUGAUGGUACUGUUUGGCACAUAGGGUUCAGGUUGAACACUGAACCCCCGUUUUAUCGAAUAUAUGAAAGUAAUAGGCUACACAUAUUCAAGGUCAAUACAUUCAUUUACAAUGGAAACCACUUUCCCUGAGUCACAUUCAGGAAAUCAUUGAACUGGUCAACAGCAGUCAACUGAUGUACAUAAUCACCGACUUCAAUUGUGGUGCUGUGGUGCAGAAAUACGUACGCAGAAAUGCUGUAUAAUAAUUUGUGGUGAAGCGUGGUGUGUUCAGGUUGUUUGCACUUUGUAGCACAUAGAUUUAAGUGCUGUAUUUGCACGCAUAAUUAACGUCCUUGGAUAUUUAACCCACACUCAAUGUUGCCACCCAAAUGUGUUUUUUUUUUCCUUCUUUUUUUCUUUUUAUCCCGGCAUACUUUUUGCACAUGGUUGGCUUGAACGCUUCAGAACAUUGAAACUAUAAGAUUUUCCUCGCUUAAUUAGAACACAUUUUUGGGGGGUAACAAGUGUCAUUAAUCAUGCCACUCAAUACAGUAUUUGUGCGUUACAAUUUGGGUGGACAGCAACCACUGGGGUAGAUACCAUACUAGUGGGCUCAGUGGAAUAGCAUUCCAGGGAGUGUAGAACAUAAUUUAUGUUCAACAUAUAGGAACAUUUCUUGUAAGUUUUAAUGGUGCUAUUAAGGUUUAGGCACUUAUAAACCUGGAGAGAUUAUAGACAUAGUAUAGUAUUGUCCUUAUUAUGUACCAUAGGUUAUAUAAUGCAGCGUAGACCGUCUAUAUAGUAAUCUGGCGCAUAGUAAUGCACCAGAUGCAAUGAAUAUGUAUGUGAGACCUGCCACUGAAUUCAAUGCAUUUCUAUACCGUAUGUAUUAAAUAUUGUAAACAAGCAAAGCCUUUAAAAGCUCAUCAUACCACAUGACAUGACCAUGGCUUGUCAAGAUUUACCAUGAACAAAUUUGAAAUAAUCCAAUUCAUACCAAACAACAUUACCUCACCCAUGCCUUGCAUGUACUUCUCCUAGCGCUCAUAUGCACUGGGCGAAGAUGACUUGUAGGUUGGAGACGUGUACCAAAAUACAAUCACGUUAUUUUUCCAAUGAAUCAUGCUCACACUUUUCGGCGUCUUCUUUGGUUUUGUGAACAUAAUUUGCUUUUAUUGCGUGAUGUUGCUUAUCAAUUCUCUGAGAUUCCCAUAACAUUUACUACAGACGGCCUACUCUGGAAUGAAUGCGCACGUGAACACUUUGAGAGAUUAUUGUACCUGUGUAUGCUAUACGAAUAGUAAAGUACUGAUAAGUACUGAUAGUACUAAUGUGCCAUCGAGAGCAGCUGUGCAGCCAGCACUCAUUCGCGUACCUACUUGAAAUGGAUUGAGUACUGUUCUCUUUAUUGUUUUUUCUGUCUUUAUUGUUGUCUACAGUAAUAGGUCCUUUUGUCUAAGGAUGAUAUCAGUGUCAGCGUUGCACAAAAAUAUUCAGGUUGUAGGAUAGGAGCAUUUAUCUGAUCUGCUAAAUAGGAUGUUAUUCAAGCCUUAACAGAAUUGCUUGAUCAUCUAUCCUCAUUUAGAUCUGAGAGAAUCUCGUGCUCAAGUUUUAGAUUAUGGGUACUUUGUGAUUUCAUGUCUACAUACUAAUAGUAUUCGAGACUUUUUUUUACUCGCAGCGUUGCACAUGAUGCAACGUGUGAAAUGUUAGUGAUCUUCAUCCCUGUUUAUUUGCAGUAUGCAUCUUAGGCACGCACUUCCAACAUAAUUUUCAAUGUCAUAUCCCCUUUUCUAUUGCAGCAGAUAAUGUACCACACAUUAUUUUAUGAUCCAUCAAAUAAGUGCCUAUCAUUUUCACUUCAUUAACUUUGCACUAAAUUUCAAUUCAAGCCGCACAACGUAGCUGCAGAACAGUGCAUUAUGCCAUAAUUCACCUCAGCCUGAUAGUACCGUAUUUCCACAUGGAGCUAUUGCUCUUACACCACAGUACUGUUUACACAAGCACCUUUUAGGCUGCAGCCUACAUUUCAGACUUUCUUUAAAAAAAAAAGAAAAGAAACGAAAAAAGAGGGCCCUUUUGAGGAAAAAACAUUCUGCACCUUUGUACCCUUCACUUUGGAAGCACCCUACUGGUCGCCCCUGGACCAUACAUACCUACACAACUAACGCGACUCAAAGUGGAAUAUUUUUAUACGUUUGCAACAUGUAGAAGUAGUUUCAUGAGUGUUUGUUUACAGCAAGGUUUUGGGAAGCUAGUCAGCUCAAGUGUGCCAUUAUACAAAGUGUCAAGCCAGAAAGUGAACCAGAAUAACACAUAAAGUUUGUAGUAGUAUCUCCUUGGUGUACUUCUGUUAAUGUUGUUAGUUGAACGACUGGCUUCAUAAAUGUGGCAUCCCCUAUCACUAUGGCCUCUAUGAAUGUUUCUGCCUUCGAUUAUUCUAGCAUAUACCCGAUUUGCAUAACAAGCAACCUCCAAGCGAGCAAUGCAAUUAAAAGGUUGAGAACCGUAAGGUGCAUAGCUACGGAACUGGACCAUUUGAGAUAUUUACUGAGGCACUUGUGUCAUUUGGCUACAAAACUGCAACUGCAACUGCGUAACAAGCAAACAAAAGAAAUUCAAUAUCAUGCUUAACGUACGAUGUCACAGUAAUACCCUAAUUCUUCCUGUACAAAAGUUUGCGUACUCAAAUGCUCUAGCUCAGACAUCUCAUAAUCUGCAAUAUGGUGCCAUUGUGCCACUCGAUGAUAAGAGGGUCGCAUGUGCGUGCGCAUCACAAUUUUGACGUCGGAAUUUGAUAAAUUUGCGGAAAAUUCGACGUCAUUGUUUUCGGGUGACGUAGUGAUACCAAGAGCAAUCUAUCUGUCGUGCAAUAUUGAAUUAGCUGUGCAAAAAUUUAUGGUGUCUAAAUCACCUAAGCAGAUCAUUCUAAGCACCGGGGAGGCAGCAACAGAGCCUCUCAUCCGCACGUGUUGCGUUACGUGACGUUCGCUCUGGGGUGGUCACGUGGGGGCGAAGGUGACAGUCAUCGUGUCGUCACCGUGACGUCACCAUGACGCCACGUAUACGUCACAUUGCGCGGGAAUUUCAAAUCUUGUAGAUUCCGCUGCUUUGCGAUGCCGGUACUAAAUUAUGCCAUACAACAACGCGCAAAGUAACGCGGAACCUUGAUAAAGUGGGAAAUGCACUACCCUUCCCAACCAAGAUACAGUGAACCCUCGUUAUUAUGACCAUGAUCGUUCCCGAAAAUUUUGGUCAAAAUGCGGAAUUGUCAUAUUAACGGGGGGGGAUUCUCAGAGGUUUCACUAAAUUGUUCCCCAGGAGUAUGGUCGUAAAGCGCGUAUGUCAGAUUAUCGGGGGUCAUAUUAACGAGGGUUCACCGUAUACGAUCUGAUCUGAUCUGUCACGAGCGAACUAUCCGUUUAAUAGCAAGCUGUUAUGCACGUACCUGUGCGGCAGCUUGCUACUAAACGUGUGCAAUGCUUUUAGAAUGUUUUUCGUUUUCUCAUUUUCGUUCGUAGAGUGCAUAAAUAUACGACGCGCUCUGUUACUUUUUCAGGGUUAAUAAUGAUUGCUCAUGUGUUCAUAGAUAUAUGUGUGUCUGCUUCAAUACCCGUAACGUUAUAGGUGUGCUUGUAUUGCCAAAUUGUCAUUCGAUAUACACGUUAUAACGCUAGCAUGAUUGCUAGUCAAGCGUUUACAGAUUUUAAUGUUUGUUAUAAGCAUCGUUACCUCGCUACUGUACCUCGUGUGUGUGCGUUACAUUGGUUUUCUGUGUGAUACGCUAAGAGAGCAAUGUAAGUAAUGAAAAAUAAAAUGUGCAUUCGACCGAU